AAGAAAACAAUAACAACAUCACGUGUUCGCAGCGCAGAGUCGGUAAGACGUUCUUAACUUUUAACAAUAUAUUUAAACACAGCGCAGGAGUCUCACAUUAACAACACAUACACAUGUAGAAAUCUAUAAUAAAGCGUGUAAAUGUGUCGAGCUGUUCCUCGAAGCGCUUGAUGAUAGUGAAUGCCGGAUUUCCAGGGGAUUUCCACUCAACAGCGGAUGGGUUUCGCUUUCGGUUCCGGACGCUUUGUGCUUCAGAAGAUCUCUGGAGGUCUGUAGAGAUGGAGGAGAAGCACAAGCAGUCGGUGCUGAUCUCUCUGCUGAGGCAGGAUCAAGUCCAGCUGUGGACGGAGCCCUUCAUCUCUGACCAGCAGAGCAUCCGGGAGCUGGCUCAGAAAUACGUGUCAGCCACUGAGUUUACAUUAGAGGAGGUGAUAUCGACUCUGGAGAGCAUCAGAGCAGAUACAAGCAAGAAAGAUGAAGGGAAUAAACAGUUUAAAGAGACAGCAGUGGCCUCGCUGGAGCUCCACCUGCCCAGAACAGCAGAGAUUAAGAAAAGGAAAGUUAUUUUAAAAACCAAACUGGACAUCACCACGCAAGAGAUGAAGAAACUUAUCUCUACAUCUAAAAGGAAAGUUAUUUUAAAAACCAAACUGGACAUCACCACGCAAGAGCUGAAGAAACUGAUCGGUGACGAGUAUGGAUUCAAACACUUUAAUCUGAUUUUGAUGGGACAAACACUGUCUCCAGGAAAGAGGCUUGAUGAACAGAAUGUGAAGAACAACAGUAAGAUCAUGGUGCUGGUCGUGUCCUCGGAGCAGGAGAAGACUGAAAUGCUGAAGAAAGAGGAGAAGAAGCGCCAGCAGGAUGAAGGAUUGCAGAGAACGCAGAAGGGUUUCCAGAUCCUGUCGGAGAGAGACGGGAGUGAAGAUCCAGUCUCCACCCCGUAUUUAGAGAUCGCCGAUCAGAAAGGAAAUCCGCUGCAGAUCCCUGACAGCGAGAGGAAGGCUCUGAUCCUGGCGAUGGGUUUCCAUGAGAAAGGUCGAGCUCUGAUGAAGAAGAGGAACCACAGCGCUGCUCUGACUCACCUGCUGCAGGCCGACGAACAGUUCAAUAAGUGUAACUCGGCGCUGCUGAGGACGGUGGAUAACUACGCUGUUCUGCAGCUGGAUGUGGUUUGGUGUUAUCAGGCUCUGCAGCAGCUCGACUGUCUGAACGAUGCCAGACAGCGUCUGGAACGAGCCGAGGACUGCUUCAAGAGAUGCUACGGAGAGCAGCAGAGCCGUCUGCAGCAGAUCAAGGGUCACACCGGAGGAGAGGACGUGCUGUUUCUGAGGCUCUAUCUGCUCCAGAGUCUGCUGGCCUACCAUGAUGGCAACAAGAAACAAGCGUUAAACAAGCUCAGAAACGUGGAGGAGCUGCUCGGUCAGCUGUGUCUGGACCCUGAGAAGAUGCUCCAACUGAGGACUCUGGGUCGGAGCAGGAAGGAGGCGCGUCUGGGUCUGAGAGCCUGUCGAGGAGACGUGGAGGCAGCGGAGCGGCUCAUCUCGCAGAGGAAGAAGGAGAAGAAGGAGCUGAAGGAUGUGAAGAAACCUGAAGUGGGUUGUGAUGAUGUUCUGCAGGUUCUGCUGGAUGGCGCUGAAGCUCAGAGUUCAGACGGACAGACUAACCUGGAUCAGCUGCUGGAGCUGGGCUUUCAGAAGGACAUGGCCGACUCUGCGCUGAGGCUCAUGGGAGAUGAUCUGGCUCAGGCCACUCAGAUGCUGCUGGAUAACCAGGGCGUGGUUCCUCCGGACCUCCUGUCUCCAUCACCUCCAUCCUCCUCCUCAGAGGAGCCCAGCACCUCCUCCGACUCCACCGCUUCAGCUUGGAGUCGUCUGGACGAGGAUCUGGUGAACGAGGUUCUGGAGGACAUUCCCCGACACGAGGAGGAUUAUCUGGAUCUGACGCUGGACGAGGAGCAGGAGCUGAUGCUGCAGAUCAGAUCCAGUCUGGAGAAACAGAGCUCCUCCUCCGGAUAAAGCGCUCCUUAACCAGAUCAGAACCUGUGCCUUUUAUUGGUUUCAGAUAACACGCCAUCAAAACAGAACCUUGGGUUUAUACAAUGCUAAUAAUAAUAGCCGUUAAUAAUUAGAGUCAUAUUUUGAAGCUUGAUUGAUGGUGUAUGUCAAAGAACGGUUGAUUUAUCUUUAUUUAGAGAUUCGCUGAAGGGAACGUGUUUGUUUGGUUUAAUGGUGAUUCUACUCUAAUGAUUCAUGAUUCGGUUCAGUUCUUUCAGUUCGAUUCUGAUUCUUUUGUUCCAGGUUUAUAAUGUUUGUUGAACAUGCAAUAAAGAUUCACUCGUUGUGAACGUUGAC